UGCUCUGUUAUGCAUUUCGUGUGUGAGGCCCUUUAAAACCCACUGCAAUAGAAAACGCUGUUAUUGUAGAAAGCUUAUUAAUGCUCUGUGAUGCAAUUCAAAGCGAUGUGUCGUGUUAUGACAGGGUUGUUCACGGUAAUACUAUAUAAUCUUUAAUUGUAUUAAAAAUGCCGUUCUUCGAUUUUUUCCGAAAUUUCCUUGGUGUAAGACGCCACGAUGAGCCCGAUACAAGCGGAUAUAGCACUCAUGAUCCGCAUCGAGAGAAUUUCCGAAAUCCAAUUUGGCAGAGUGACGAAGAUGACGAUGAUGAUGACAUAGAUAUUUUUCGGCAUCCUGAGAGUAAUUUGCACUUCAAUAUCUUCAGCAAUCCACUCGAAAUGACGCUUUAUUUCGAAUCCCAGAUGGAUAAUAUAAUGAAAAAUUUUUUUAGAUUUAACAGUACCUUUUUUGAUGAUAAAGCUGUUACGGCAUUACCGUUUGCCGCACCUGAAAAAGAUAAUUUACGGGACAGAGUACUAAAGUCCAAGCCUGAUACAUUCGCCUUAACGGAGGUACCGUUUGAGAAUAAAGCAGAUACGGAUUUAGAUGGAAGGAUUUCUACGGAAGAAUUUUCGAAAAUGUGGAAUAAAGGAAAUAUAGAAGUGACAAAACCUUCUGUACCACAUAGUUUCUCAGUUGGAAAAUCUGUCAGAAAGGAGAUUGUACGUAGAUCUGACGGAUCUAUAGAAAAAAAGCAAGUAAUCAGAGAUAAUGAGGGUAAUGAGGAGACAAUCAUUUCAAAGGAAGCAGAUGGUAAAACAUAUAUUGUUACUAUAAAAAAAGAUAGAAAUGGUGUUGAAACAAGAUCCGAGGAUUUAUUGAAUAUGGAUGAAAACGAACUGAAAGAUUUUACUCAAAAGUGGAAAUGUUCUGUGAAAGAUAACACAAAUAGCUCAAUUCUUAAUCAUUUUCCAUGGGAGAAGUUCUUCGGUCCCAAUCCGAAAUUGUAGCAAGUAGUUAAAAAAUCACAUAGUCUUUAUUCCUAAUAAAUUAAAACAUGUGUGAUGUUAAUAAAUAGAUUGAAUCAACAAUAGAAGUACUUUUUUCAUUUUUAAUCGCAAAGUUUUCUUUAUUCGAUGGAAUAUAUUCUGUACAUAUUUAAUAUAUACAUAUGUUUAAUAAAAUUUAUAAUUCAUACAAAAAUAUUUUUAAGUUUAUACAACUAAAAAUCGUCUUGCUUAGAGAUAUAAAGUUGUGGUUAGAGAUAAGCGCUAUUAGAUUAACAUGUUUUUGCAUUACAAGAAUUUUGAAUGUCUAAUCGUAAUUAAUAAUUACAUAUCUAAUUCGCAAUAUAUUUUAAAUUAUACUGACUUAAAAUACAAAUGUUUUUGAGACAAUAUUCUUUUUUGAGCGUACGCGUAUAAAGUAAAUCCAGUAUAUACGUCGUACUUAACAAAAAUUUAAAUUUAUCAAGUAGUAUUUACUAUGUUUAAAGAAAAUGUAUUGCACUAAUAAAACUACUUCGUACUAUCUACUACUAAAAAAAAUUAGAAAUAUGAAAUAUUUAUUUUCUUAUAUUUAAAAAAAUCCUUCCAUUUUUGUCGUAUAUCAAAAGUGGUAGGAUUAUGUCUAUUUAUGAGUGAGACAAUCAAACUGAAUAAGAAAUACAAGAGCUACUCCAUCCUUUACAUUCUCUUUGCACUUAUGUACCAUGAAAUAACACUAAAUUUUUUACAUUUCCUACAGAGAGAAUAAUCAUUUUACGUAAGUUGUGAUAUAUCGCUACGCUACUCACAAUAUUAAAUUAAUUCAACGAUGGUUUAAUUAAUAUUAAUAGUAAAAAAACUGAAAUUACACAAAUACUAGUAUAACAUAAAAUAUAACAAUGGUUAUUUAAACAAGUUAUCUUUAUUCCUUUUAUUUUUUUCUGACAUCUGUGGUGUAAAUACUAGAAUUACCCUAAUAUUAACUUCCAUUUAAUUGUAAGGGCAAUAACAAAUUCAAUUUAUGCAUAAAGCAAUAAAAAUAAAUGGUAUAGGACUCAAAUGAUUAAAUUAACCGAAUCUUCUUUAACCAAUGUUAAAUAUAAAUAAAUGCUAAGUAAAUAGUCUGUCAUAAUAAAGUUAUAUGAAUCAUACGUUAUAAAGCCACAUAAAGAUGAAAAAAGAUAAAUAAGGAAAAUAAUAAUGGUUAUAAGUUCAUACAAAUUAUAUAAUGAUAAAAGAACGAAAAAACUAAUAAUUUGUAUGCAUUUGUUGUGAGCUUGGCUUUUAUGAUUAUAACUAUUGUUUAUUUAUAUAUUUUUUAAUUAAUAUAUCGCUGGUAAUGUAUGACUUCAUUUUAUUAAGAUGGACUAUUUACUUAGCAUUUAUUUAUUAUUGGUUGAAGACGAUGAAAUCAAAACUUUCAGUUUAGAUUAAUAAAGUUUUGAUUUAUAUUUAUUUAACAUCUUUUUAAUUUGCUCAUUUGGGCCCUACGCUACUAUUUAUUUCUAUUAUUUAGCAAUUAAACGACAGUUAUUUUUUAAUUUAUUAUACAUAAAGUUUUUACAGUAACGCUUCGCAAUUUAUAAAUUACCAAAUUAUUAUUCUCUUCGAAUUUUAAUGCUAUGAAAUAUCAUGCAUUUUUUAAUCACAUUAAGAACAAUUAAAAUGUCAAAAUAAAAUACGUGUACAUACGAUAAAACACAAUUCAAAAUAUUAUAACUAUAAAUAUUGUUAUGUCCGCUUUUCGGCUGAGCUUGAGAAGCUGGCCGAAGGAAGAUCGAUCGAUUUGAUAAAAGAAGCGCGGCCCGCUUUUGUUCUGUUCUGGGACGCGGAGCUGUCACGAGAUAUUUCGAAUAAUUCCGCCACGAUUUAUUUGUAUAAAGUUAUUAGAUUAAAGUUAGUGUUCCUUUUUAUAAAAGAGUGUCCUUUCCUUUCGCGUCGUGAAAACGAGUGUCUGCGCGAGAGAACUGUGUACUCGUUUUGUCGAGUACAACAAUAUAUUUAUAUGAAUUAAUACUAUACAAUAGACUACAAAAAAAAUAAAUAAAUAAAUCAUAAUAGAAUAUAGACCAGAGUUCGGCAAAAAAAAUGCACAUUUCAACUAAUUUUCAGAUCAGUUCAGCCUAACGCUAUUUCUCUUACCUCACUGCUCCGCGAAUAAUGAAGUGCCAAUCGAUACUCGAGACCGUAUGACGUUCAUAUAUGUAUGUUUAUAACAGAUUUUCAAGUCACCUAUGAGAUAUUAUUAAUGCAUUUUUUUCGCGGGACGGUGAAUUGAGAGGAAUAGCGGUAGACGAAGCAGAUUUGAAAAUCAGUUGAAAUAUGCAUUUUUGCCGAGCUCUAACAUUAAAAUGCAACUAAAACAGAAUAUCAAGCUCUUGUAUGCAAAGCAAUAUUAAAAG